UAUUACACGUGUAUACUUUACCCGUAUAUGUAGGCUAAUACAUAGUUACACAGUAUAGGCUACAAAAUGGUGAAUGUUUGUGCCGUAUUGAAGACUAAUGUCAACGAAAAAUCAGUUCAAAAAGAUUUCUUAUCCCGAUUUACGGAUUUUUUGGUGGCCCUAACAGGAGCAGACCUAAAGAAUGUGAUACUGGAACUGCAUACAGAUGUUAUCAUGAUGAGGGGUGCAACCACCGUUCCUAUGAUGAAUAUAGAUUUUACACAUAACUCAGAUAAAAUAGAUCAAACAUCGAAGCAUGAAUAUGCAAAUAAGAUUGCUAAUUUUACAUCUCACCGUAUUCAAAUACCUGAAGACAGGAUUUUAGUUUUAUUUACAGAUUCUAGAAAAAGUACCUGAGCCAAAAGCAAUCUUCAUCGACGAUCCUGAAUUUGAAUAGUUAUUCGAAAUAUAGCGUGUGUCAACAAAGAAUGGAUUAAGAUUUUGUCAUUGUUAAUGUUUUAAAACGUGUGUGCACAAACAUUUACAUUAAUUUAGGAGUUUUAUGCUGUUGUAAUUUACGUAUUCGUAAUUGUAAAACUUUAAACAAACACUAUUUAUUAAAAUCGACAGCUGAAUAAAAUAU